AUGUCCAACCACGGAACAGUCUUUGAAACAGAUCCACGAUUGCAAUUCCACUAUCAGGAGCUCUACAACGCAAAAACUCUGAUCGAAGAAACUUUCAUUCACCAUAUAUUUUUCACUUAUGUCCCAAAUGCAAUACCUUUCAAUUCAAAUGCACACCUCGCGUAUUCAGUUAACGGCCGGAAAUUUCUUCGUGAUGACCCGAAAGAUUUUGCUAACGCUAACUUCUCCGCCAUCUUCACCUAUUUCCUCAUUAUCGUCCAAUUCGAAUCGGAAGCCAAAGAUGACCUAAAAAUCUCGGGCAUCAGUUGGGAGGGGCUGAACGAUCAAAUACAAGAUCCACUU